GCGCCGCACCCUCGCCCCCCCUUCUUGUAGCGCUUUGAUUGGGAUUGUUUAUGUUGGAAAAGGGUACGAGCGAUCCGAGAGGCCCGUGGAGUCCGAGGACCGAGGUUCUACGGGGCUAAAACGCGGCUGUGCAAUGAUGAUGAGUAGCCUCCAUUUCUGAGUGUGCCCGAGAAGUUGUACUACAGUCUCAUUAUCCAGCUGAAAUGGGAAUGCUAAAACGUUCUCACAACUCCUGCCUGGUGAAAGGCCUGUUCGCCUCACUGGCAGUGACGUGCCUUGUGGGACUCUACUACGGGUACCGUCUCAUGGUCUCCAACGAAGCCAUCCUCACAUUUGGAAGAACUGUCGAGGACGAGUUGGUGGCAGGGCCAGCGGAAGUGCGCGAGCCCGUGCACGUGGCCGUGGUGACGUCUAACGCGAGGCUGGGAGGUGCCGUGGCGCUCAUGGCGAGCGUGGCGCACAACACAGCGCGCCCCGUGUCGUUCCACCUGGUGACCGACAACGCGACUCAGUACCACGUGCACGCCUGGAUGCACGACCCACGCCUGUCCGGUCUCAGCUACGAGGUGGUCACGUUCCCGCAGACGGCACUGGUCAGCCCCGACCUCGUCGGACUUCUCCAGCUGCCCUUUGCAAAGCUCUACCUGGCUCGUCUCCUGCCGUCCGUGGCGGGAACUCUGGUGGUGCUUGAUGAUGACGUCAUUGUGCAAGGCGACGUUGCCGAGCUGGCCGCACUGCCCCUGCCCAAGGGUGCUGUGGGGCUCUUCUCCCGGGACUGCGACACCUUCUCCCGGAGGUACAACACUGCCGGGAGCCGGUACGAGCAGUACGUGGAGGCCAGGCGUCCGUCCCUCCAAGCCCUGGGCAUCUCGGCCACUGAUUGCGUCCUCAACCUGGGGGUGUUCGUGGUAGACCUUGCUGAGUGGAGCCGCCUCAACGUCACCGAAAGCGCCGAGGCCUGGAUGCGUCUGAACAUCAAGGAGAAGCUGUUCAAGCAGGAGGGGCCAGUACCAGCGCUGCUUCUAGCGCUGCACAACAAGACAGCGACUCUUGACCCCCAGUGGCACGUGAGGAACUUGGGGGUGACGGCGGGGACGCAGUACUCUCGUCUGUUUGUGAGCUCCGCCAAGCUGCUGCACUGGUCAGGGCGCUUCAAGCCCUGGAGCUCCAGGUCCCCUUACGCCGACAUCUGGCACCGCUACUUCGUGCCGGAUCCCACGGGGCGCUUUAGGCCGGCCUCCAAGUCCAAGCACCGGCGCGGCACGACCGAGGGCCCUUCCGUCAGGCAGCUGGCACGGCGGCCCGUCAAUGGCUCGGUCUGAGUCCCGACGCGGGACGUCCCUCCCCAAUUCCCAUUUCGUUUGUGCCGUCCGCGUUCGGGGUCAUGUUGGUGCCCAGGGGCGCAUCUCCAGCCGGCUUGUCGGCCGUGUCCUCGAACAUGGUCCUUCGAUUUUUGCUCGACAACUUAGCAGAAGCGGCGCGCCGUCGCCCGUUGCAGUCCCGGACGCCAGUUCCGUUGCGGCUCGUUCUCGGCUCCACGGUUCACAAAAGCGUCUGCGGUGACUAUUGUAUGUUGCCACGUAAAGAUUGACUUGAAAUAUAGGCCUAAACUCCCCCCCCCCUCCCUCCUCUAAUUCUAACCAACAAAAAAAGUUUCUUUGUGUGUUUUUUUUUUUUUUUUUGUUUAUACUUUUUGUUUUUGUAUUUAUAGCCAUUUUUGAGAUGCCGGUUUUUUUUUUCGGUGUAUGGCCUGCCGACUCUACACGUUUAAAAGAUGAAAUUUUACCUGGUGCGGACCAUCUACAAGUGCAGACUAUGAGGUUUCGUAUUUUUCUAGAUCGUUCACUGUGACAGGACGUGAAGAAUUUCACGAAUAGCAGAUUAUAUUAAUGGUGAUUUGCGUACGAUGCAGGCUCCUUUGUGAACUAAUACAGCAGGCAUUUGUAAACGUGUGCUACAUAUAUUUUUUUACGUUUUUGAUUAGGCACUAUGAAUGGCUUAAAAAAAACCUUUUUUUUUUUUUUUUUUUCAGCUGAACUUGGUUUUUGGAGACUAUAGUUUGGAAAAUACGGUACCCAUUUCUGAAAAGGACGAAUUAUAUGUGGUGAUAUGCGGUAAUUGGGACAUUGCUAUGACGGCGACACUCGCGUUUGCUCGCCCGUCUCGCCCAAAUUCUACGACGAACCGCCCGGAUUGCAACGUCCAACAGCUUGGUGCACCAGCUCUUGCGACAUCAUUAAUUACCACCUUGGGUCUACCUUGGAUGCACGAGCGGGAUGGACGCUGGGCACACCGGUCGGAUAUGCGCUCUGGGCACCACAGUUGCGACGAUCGGAGCGACCAUCGUCAGCUCGAGGUUCAUCUCGCGGGCCGGAAAGUUUGUCAAGCGUGUUCGGUUAGGACGCCCGCUUUCGAGGACGUUUAAGCCGAGCACAAGCUCCGGUAUUGCGUGCGAGCUAAAAAUUUGAUGCGUCGCUGAGGCGUCUCUUUCUCAUCCGGGAAGAGGCACCUUUUUGUGUCUGACAUUGUAGUUCUCCUACGAGGGGAGUUUACCGGCAAUACCGAGCGGAAUCGAAAGACUGUCGUUUUGUGGCGCAAAGCCCGCAAAAGAUGUUCUAAAGUAAAUCUUCAGGUGAUGGGAUAUUGUAGACGAAUCUGGUGGAUGAUGCUGUCUGCCACGCCACCGGUCGGGGUCUGUUUUCUCAUGAUUUAUGAGCGUUUCAAUUAGAGAUGGUAAGUGCUCAGAAUGUGCGUAGGGUAUUACAAUAGCUGUGACUUUCGAAAUAUUUCUUAUGUUGUUUCUGUGCUAGGCAGCACGGUGAACCUAAGAAAAAGGCCAAAUUGAGUCUUCUUUUUCAUCCGACGGAAUGUACGCGGGCGAGGUUUUGUCUGAGAGGUACUGGUAAUGGUCAUUCUCACUAACAGCUGAAGUUCAGCCAUGUGGCACAUGUGCAUAUUUUUCUGUUCAAGAGCAGAUAGGUUUUAAUGAUCAGUGUUGUCCACUAUGUACUUCAUUUUCUUUUCGUACUACUUGUGCACAAACUAUGAACUGUGAGUAAUAGCACGCCAGUCAGCACCAAAUUGGACUACAAAUUUUCCAUAAUAAGGCUGCUGCUACUAAUAAUGCAAAACUGCAUUUCUUUUUUUCAUUUCAAGGAGGCUUUGUUUGUGGGACAUGUUGGCUGGUUUCUUAGGGAUGCAGGCAAGUCUUUAAAGCUUAUAAAAAGAAGAGCAAAUAUUUAUAGCCCACACAUUCUAGGCAGUGCAACAUGCAUGAUUUCUGCAUGCCAAUCCCUUUUCGGCUUCCUCUUCGUGGUUAUGUGUGGAUUACAGCCAUGUUUAAUGCAAACACUCAACAACCAGUCAGUCCCAUUUUUCUGUGUUGAAACGAACAGCCAAGAAUCAAACUACUAUAAUGUUAAUACAUGUUGCAAUGUCGGUAUAGGAAUUUGUGCAGACAUAACUUGACUUUCCACACUUCUGACAACUAAUUGGUUAGUAACUACUUAUGGCUUACCAAUCCAUGCAAAUGUACCAAAUGUAGAGCCCCUGUGGUAUACGAUAAUACUAGUAUACUGCUCCAGACAAUUUCAUAGUCUCUUUUGAAUUUUCUGCAAUUUCAAAAGGUGCUCUCCCUGCUAAGGUCUCUAAACCCAUUUAUAAUUAAAUGUCAUAAAAAAUUGGAAAACGAGAAAUGAGAAAAUCAGGCGGUCUUUCCAGAUAUAAUGAGCAACGUUUCUAAUUUAGCAGCUGGCAUUACUUGUAAAAGUUUGCUAGAAAGCAAAACCGGUUGUUGGUCUGAAGCAAAAUCUCAAACAAUGUUUUUGGCCCAACACUUGUUUUUUCAAUUUCCAAUAGACCGAUCUCACCAGCUAGUUUGAGUACGCCACCGCUGCCGCCAUGCAUCGUGGCAGCUGUAGUCUUUCUGCACGCGCGACAACCCCGCUGGAGCUCUGCGCGAGCAGAGCAGGAGGUGGCAUGAGCUGUCUCGUGAACUGGCGUCUGCGUCCUAUGAACUACAGUUAUGGCGGCGUCACGCAUGCGUGGAACGCUUGGUGAGAUCGGUCUAUUCAAAUGUAAAGUAAUAUCCCUAGAGAUGCCUUACCCCCAAAAUAUAGCCCGCCCCCUAUUUUUGGCAUAAUUUGCUAUUUUUUUCCGGAACACCGAAAGAUAGCCCACGUCUACUAAUUGCAGGGCCCUUGCCAAUGUUGACAUCGACAAAAACAGUGUUAUUAAACGACAGCGGGAGAUAAGCAAACAUUGCCGACUGAGAAGGACAGUCAUCUUUGGUUCCUUGCUCCAUCCUGCGAUCACAAGUUUUGAGGGCCAUAAAAUCUAAAACUAGCAUUUUUUCUACUUCUUUUUAUGACACACCGAAAGUUAGUUCACCCCUUGUUUUCAUCCGAUUUGCUAUUGAUUUUAGGUGGGCUAUCUCUCGAGAUAUUGCUCUAGGUCCUUGCUCUUUAAAUCGACUUUUGCUGUGGUGCACGUAAACACCGGCUCUCUAACCUCCAGUGUGUGGUCUCUACAGACUUUGGAAGACAUAUGGGACCACUCUACGACAUAGUGUUUGCAUUGAACUAAUGGUGUUGCAGUGCACAUGCUCGCUGCGCACUUCACUCCUUUCCUUCUACCUCGUAUUUGUGCAGCGAGUUCAGCUUGUGCAUGUUCUGCAACAGGGAAGUUGCUUGUCGGUCCUGCAGGAACGGAUCUUUUGGUCGUGACCAGAGGGUCGCCACUUUUUAGAGCUGUAAUGGAAGUGUGCUGCAAGACGUAAGGAGGUUACGAAAGAGAAUGCGGGCGGUACGUACACCGAGUAGGAAGUUGCAUGCAGAGUUUGUGUGAGAGUGCUGCUACGAGGAGAUCUCUGCGUUGUGAUUGUUUUGUAUUCAGGAUUGAGGCUCCGGUGCUAAUGGGUGACGUUGGUGCUACUGCAGUUCCAGCCGUGGGGUUGAGUAGAAAUGAGUUUGUAGACUGUGUGUGCAUUUAUUUCGAGUGAAAAUGUGCGUGUGACUUUGUGUGCAAGCAGUGUUACCCCCACCCGGGCCACCGGAAACGACGACGUCUCCGCCUUUUGUGUUGCUCUAAAAAAGGUGCGAGGCUUCUUUUCCGAGCAAGGUCGGGCGUAAACACUCGUGGAUCUUCAGAACGUGGUUAGACGCUUGUUGCAUGAGAGUUGUACGGAGUCUCUGACACUUUGUUUAUAUGACCCCCAUUAUAGGGGGUUAUAUUCAUAGCUACUAGAUAUUAAGCUGGGACUUUUGUCAGCAUCAUACUUUUUUAACUAUAAAAAUUUUAGAAUUUUCUUUUUUAUUAUUUAGCAAACUUGGGUUGGCUCUUUGCCAGCUUCCCUCUCUUCUCAUAUCAGGGCACCUCAAAUUUCUUUUCCCAGAGGUAACACCGUAAAAUGCCAAGCCAAAUCCCUCCUAAUCUAUUGAAAACUUUCGACAAAAUUGGACACUGGAUGCCUCAAGCAGUUUGCUAGAUUUUGAAACUGCCUAAUCUUGAGGGUUGGCACGUGCGCAGGCAUGAAUCUAUGCUUGCUAUGUGAUGCUUUUUAAAAAAAAGAGGUAAAGGCUUACUUUUUCUUUGGCAGUUAAACGUUUUGCCCACUUUGUUGCGAGUGUUACCCCCACGCAGUUUUAGUACCAAGGUGUCCUCCGUUAGUUCUGGGUUGUCUGGCCGAGAAAAUCGCCAUUGUAGGAAUGAAAUUUUGCUGUUGAGGUUUUUUCUUGUCAGUAGAAUUUUAAAAUCAUUGAGACAGUAUUUUCUACAACUGUAUUCUUUGGUUGUGUUGAUCUGACUUUUUAACACGGGUGAUUUUUGUUUUUUAUUCUUGUCAUUUUAAAGAUUUUACCAUUCAUGUGCAGUCCCCAUUACACUCUACUGGGGCAGGGGAGUGAAUUUUAAUGCAGAACAAAAUUCAUACAUAACCAUACCUAUAUUUAUGUGAAUCGAAAAUAUAUGUACUUUAAUGGGACAUGGACAUAACCCGACGCUACCGCAAGAGCCUGUACAUGCGCAUGGAAAUUGGCCAAAGUAUGACAAGAGUGGGCUUAGCAUUUUCUCCAGUUCAGUAUGAUUGGGUCUGUACUGUGGUACCAGAUUAUCGUAGCAUUUUUGCUACCUUCUUAUUUAUACCAUCUAUAGAUUUGUUCUAAACGUUUUGCUUUGUUUUCCUCCGCACAAAAAUUCUCACCUUGUUUUAUUUUUUUUCUUUUCAAAGAGAGUGAAAUUGGAAGCAAAAUCUCUUCCUUCUUACCUUUGUUUUUUCUCAGCAACUGUUUAUUCUUUCUGAAAUCCAUGCACCAUUUUUUUUUUUUUUUUCACUGCUGUUUGGCAGUGGAAUAGGACCUGUUUGCUGCAAAGCUAUUUGUUUCAAUCACGGCAAACCGCUCUUGGUUGUGCAUACCAGGAUUUUCAUGUUCACUUGUUUGAGCAGGUGGACAAAGUACGUAAACCAUUUUCUCUGAUUGACAUUUGUUUCAACUCCCUCUAGCUAGUCUUAAAUACCCUUCAAGCAAGUGAACUGUACAAUGAUUAUAUUUAUGUAUAUAUUUAUAUAUUAGCAAGCUCGUGGCAUUGUCAGGUAGGUGCUGAUGCCACUAUACAGCUUCAUCAGAAUCUCCAUCAUCUCAAGGGUUCUGCGUAAUACUGGGGAUUAUAGGAGGCAGAGACGCGAGCGUGUGGCUUUUGAAAAUGCUUGUUCUCUCGUGAGUGUUUGUGCAAACAAUGCAUUUUGCUAUGCUGCCCUUUUCUGCCUUUGCUGUUGAGUGCUGCAUGCAAAACUCAGAUGGAAUAUAGGUGCAACUUUGAAAUCUGGGCCGUGAAGCAGUUUGUGGUUGGCUUUUUUAAACAAUAUUUAUUGUUUUUAUAUUUAUCGUGCUAUGUUGUAAAUUUGGGGUUCUGUGAUGAACAUAUAUGCUCUCUGUAUUUGUGCAUUUGCUGUCAGUCUACUGCGUAAUGUGCGUGCUUGUGAUGAUUUGCCGAAGACUCUGUCAAGGGGGAGAACAAUCCAAUAUCUGAGAACCAUGUUUAUAGAGCAGUGGUUGGUGGAACUUUUUAUUUUUUGUACACAUAUCUCUUUGUACGAAGGUGAGAAAAACAUUUGUGGAAAUAACAUUUGCUUGCCUGAAAUUUGCCACCGAUUGUUGGAACUUGAAACGAACAGUGCAGCAAUAGUAACGGUCCUUUAGCUCUGUUUGGGCAUUCAUUAGGCAAGAGAAAAAGAAGCUCUGCUGUAACCGUUCCUAAUCAAGCAAAAAAAAAAGAAAAAAUAAGAAUCAUUUAGUUUGGCAGUUCUCACAUUUAAAUGCUUUGUAAAAUUGUAUGCCCUGCUUCGUUAUCCAUGUACGUUAAUUAGGUCUCUUUUCACAGUUCAGAUCUGUACAUUAAUUUUUAGAAGGUGAAUUUUAAUGAACUUGAAACGAGUUGAUGGAAAUAAACUUUUUACGU